UUUUCUUCACAUUUACAACAUUUGAUCAUGUUCAACUUUGGCGAAGUUGCGCUGACCGUGUCGAGCUCGGCAGACGACCACUUGACGCUGCGCGACUUGCGUUCAGGCGCCGUCCUCACCACCUACAAGACGGGUCAAACAGGCGGCAUUGGUCCUCAUGGCGUCUCGAUCACCUCGUGUGGCCAGUUUGCACUCCCGCUCCUGCUCGCGGCAUCUGCAGAUCGCCCAGUAGUCAACUCGUGGUAUUGGCAGAAGGAUCAAGUACACGUCAAGUCUACAUUGGCAGAGAAGGUGCCGGUGAUUGCUACGUCGCCGGACGGAUUGUACAUUGUCGGCGGUAGCGCUCAAGGCAGGCUCUUUGUUUGGGAGAUUGCCACUGGAUCGCUUCUCAAAAUGACCGAGGCCCAUUACAAGCCCAUUACUGUUAUUCGCUUCACGGACGAUGGAUCGCACGUUGUUGUCGGUGCCGAGGACGCUCUCGUGACUGUCUGGCGAUUCUCUACCAUCGCCACAACUCCCCGUGCCCAACGCCUCGCACCACAAGCAACGCCAGUGCAUUCGCUUGCCGACCACUCACUACCAAUAUCAGACAUUCACAUGGGCGUCGAUGGCUUCAACUGCCGUUUUGCCACCGCUUCAAUGGAUCGCACAUGCAAGUUGUGGGAAUUGGCCUCUGGAAUCCUGCUCUGCUCGUUUGUCUUUCCAACGUCAAUUUCAUCCGUGCUGGUGGACCCGGCAGAACUUUUGCUGAUUGCCGGUGGUGCCGACGGACACAUUUACCCCAUCAACAUCCACGAGCAAUCGAUGUCAACUGUAGCACAGCAGCACCAGCAACAACGCCACGGCGCAUCGUUCGCUGGCAGCGCAAGCGCCGCGCUUGACACUUUUGUCGAGUCUGGCCGACGAUUCGAGGGUCACAGCCGAGCAGUGUCGUCGCUCGCGCUGUCCUUUGAUGGUACAACGUUGCUCUCGGGCGGCCAAGAUGGCGCCGCCAUUGUUUGGGACGUGCGUAGUGGUCAAAUUGUUAAAACCUUUGCGCAGCACAAAGGACCCGUGACGAAUGUGUUCAUCUUCUUCCGACCGCCGGAGCUGAUGUCGCUGAACGCCAAGCGCGUCCUUCCUAUCGCCGCUCCUCUGAAGCGCUUCCUUGCGACCGAAGAAGGCGUAACCGAGAAUGACAUUGUUUCUGGCCAGCCGAUGCGUAUUGCCGACGCCGCCGUCGACCCUUCGUGCGCACCAUGCGGUCUCUUGCCACCCGCCAUCAGCUCUUUUCCCGAGCAGGAUGCUGCUGCGACCUACCACUCGCUCGGCCUGUUUGAAAUUUCUGCCUCUUCCACCGACCCAGUUGCCGAGUUGGAUCACCUGCGCGAGCAGGUCGCGCAUUUGCGUCAGCUGAACGACAAGUGGCAGCAGGUGGCCAACAAGUAUCAGCGCUUUAUUGCCGACGAUCUCACGCAACAAUGAUCGCAGUCAGAAUAAACACAGUACAAACGCAACA